AUGGCGCCCACGGACAAGAUCUCGCUCGAGUUCAUCACUACCGGCAACGUCUGGAUGCAUACCGGGAUGCAAGGUCAACCCAUAGAGAACCGCAAUAUCGCUCUCCGCUUCCUCCGCUCCUUCACCGGCGACUGGAUUGGUCCCAUGCCCCUUGGAGCAUUCCUCAUUCACCAUCCCAAGGGUCCCAUCCUCUUCGACACGGGCGUGUCAACGCACUGCACCGAACCGGGCUACUUCCCCUGCUGGAACCCGGUGCCGGGCAUCCUCAACAAGCUAGAAGUUACAAAGGAGGACGGCAUCGUCAAGCAGCUCCGGAAACGCGGCAUCGAGCCAACGGAUCUGCAGUUUAUCAUCAUUAGCCAUCUACACCACGAUCACGCCGGCGGCCUGGAGGUUCUUGCUGUCGAGGCGCCCGAUGUGCCCAUCUACGUCGGCGGAGAACACUGGGAUGCCUUCGGGAAGCAUCCAGUCUAUGCUGCUAUGCAAGGGUGCACGCCGGACCGGUGGCCCAAGGAUUUCGAGCCUCGGAUCCUUGAUUUUGAGGAAAAGCGCGCUGUUGGGCCUUGGGGUCGGUCGUGUGAGCUUGCGCCGGGCGGCACGAUUGUCGCGGUCGAUACGCCGGGCCACGUGCCGGGUCACAUCUCGUUGAUUGUGGUGGGGGACAACGACGAUGGGAGUAAGACGAGGUAUUUGCUGACGGGAGAUGCGACGUAUGCAAUUAGUGUGUUGGAUAAGGAAGAGCCGGAUGGUGCGAAUAGUGAUCCUGUGGCGGCAUUUGAGAGUUUAAAGAAGAUUAAGGCGUAUGCUCGGAGCCACGAUGUCGUUGUGCUGCCGAGUCACGAUCCGGAUACGCCCAGGUUGCUUAAGGAUAAGGUGGUAUAUCGGCCUGGAAAAUAUUAG